UGGGGAUGUAGGGAAGGACGAGAGAAAUUCUGUUAGGCUUUGGGACUUGGGAGAGAGGAUUGCUCUAAGUGUCUCGACUAUCUAUUUCUUCUAUUUCUUAUGAUCUUCAUCAAUAUAAUAUACUACUAAAUUCUGUUGUGUCAGUCGAGUCUCUAUCAUCUGGUAUCAGAACACUCACUUCUUGGAGGUAGAGUCUGAACCGAUCAUCCUGGAGCAUCAGAGAGCUAGAGGGAUGAAGGAAUUUUAUACGCCGCGAAUGGAGAAAAGCCUGGACAAUAUCGAACGCAACCUGGGAGAGAUAAAAAUUACAUUGGUCGAGACGCGGGAACGGAUGCAUGACUUGCUGCACCAACUGUGUCGCGACCCAGAGGACGAUCGUGAACGGUUAGGAGCCUUAGACAGCAAGAUUGCAAGGGAUCAACACCUUCGGUUGUUUCUCCCAAUUUGCAGUCGCGAACUGUUCCUCCUAGUUUGCGAUCGCGAACUGUUUCUUCCUCCUGUUCGCAUGCAUCGUCACUAAGCGAGUAUCACACUUCACAGGUUUCCUCACUCGCUGGAUCUCACAGCUCAUCUUCAAUUGUCGUUUCUCACCUUGCGCCAAAAUCAUCCGCGUCCAGAACCUUCUACCUAGUCGCAUGAGGAAAGGGAUCACACGGGACUCCACCAACGACAAUGAACACAGAAUUGAAACGGGUUGCACCACCAGUUAAAGAAUCAGACCCCCAAAAGGAUGUCAAUCAACCUACAGAAUUUUCAUCAGACGUUAUGGAAGGUUCCGAAGUGCGUAAAUCGGAUAUCCUUAACUAUGAUGAUAUGAGGUAUGCUAGUGCACUGGACCUAAACUCAGAAUAUUUUAAAUCCUUGAUUUAUAUAGUUCAUGGGCUUGGAUGGGAUGUUUUGAUGGCUAUGGUGCACUGUCAUUCAUCACAUAUUAAUUGGUUUUGUUUAUAUCCACUUAAUGAAAUGUCCAUCGAUACCGGUUAAAUCUUUA